ACACUAGGUGAGUGAUCUCGUCGAUUAUUGUUAAUUAAAUCAAAUUUGCUAGAAGCAAUUAAUUGAACUAAGUUCAGAUAUUGUUUUCUUCAAUUAUACUUAUAAAAAAAAACAUCGUCUAUAAAAAAGGCGCUAUUGAGGUCAUAUUGAAUUAUUUCGAGGUUGUGAUUGACUACGUUGAACAUAUUAUGGCCAAUCGAUUAGACAUCGUAAUAUUCGGGGUUACCGGCUUUACUGGGCUUAGAACCAUUCCAUAUAUUAAAAAUAUUAUAAAACAACAUCGUUUAUCAUUAACAUGGGGUGUUGCUGGAAGGUCAAAAAGUAAAAUUAAACGAAUCUUAAAGGAAUUUGGAAAAAAAAUGGGUGAUAAUUACGAUAAUGUUCCGAUUAUAAUCGCGGAUGUAAACGAUGAAAUCUCUUUAAAUCAGAUGACUUCUCAAGCAAGGAUUAUCAUAAACGCUUGUGGACCUUAUCAUCUUUAUGGGGAACAAGUUAUUAAAUCUUGCUUGAAAACUGGUACUCACCAUGUAGAUGUUAGUAUAGAGGCAAUUUUUAUUGAAAAAAUGCAAUUAUUGUACCAUGAGGAAGCAAAAGCGAAAGGAAUUUAUAUUGUAAGUACUUGCGGAAUGGAUAGUAUUCCAAAUGAAAUGGGAAUUGUUUAUUUAAAGAAUAAUUUUGAAGGAACAUUACAUUCUGUUGAAACAUAUCUAUAUCCAACCAUAACAGAUUUACACCUAGGAGGACCAAGCGUGAACGCUGGUACAUAUAAUUCGGCCAUAUACAUUGCAUCGAAUUUAUUUGAACUUUUUUCCCAGCGAAAAUUGCUGUUUAAAACAAAACUACCUUUGAUUCAACCAAAACUUAAAAUAAAAUUAAUACAUAAAAGCGAUGUGAUAAAUCGUUGGUGUAUAUUCGUACCAGAACCAGAUCCUGCAAUAAUAAAAAGAUCUCAACAUUAUAAUUAUGAGAUAUACAACGAACGUCCAAUUCAAGUUAAUUGUUAUGCUGGAUUUGGUUCGUUAUUUUAUAUGAUAUUAGGGUUUAUUUAUGCGUUUUGGAUAGUAUUGUUUAGUCAGUUCGCAUUCACCCGAGAUUUGUUGUUAAAAUAUCCAAGUUUAUUCUCUUACGGAGUAUUUAGUCCUGAAGGACCAUCUGAAGAACGUCAAGAAGCUACUAUUUACAAUUUAAAAUUACAUGGUAAAGGUUGGUCGGAAAAGUUAAACGAUCCUCUUUUUCAACCUCAUUCUCUACCAAACAAAGAAAUGAUUGUUAAAAUAUCGGGAAGAAACCCCGGAUAUGGAGUGACGUGUGCAGCUUUUGCUCUUUCAGCUAUAAUGAUUCUUACUGAAGGUGACAAAAUGCCUGAUAAGGGAGGAGUUUAUCCACCUGGAGCAGCAUUUCGUAACACAUCAAUUAUUGAAAAAUUACAAGAAAACGGUGUUAAAUUCGAAAUUCUACAUAAAAAUUAAUUCAA